GCCCACGAGCUAAAGACCCGGACGGGAACAGCGGAGCUCACCAGUUCUGUUCUGUGUGUUUGUGUUGAGAUGCUAUGCGUCCGUCCCGGUCUCCGCCGAAGUUCACUCACGAAUACCUGAGUCUGAAGGACAUGGACAGAAACAGCUGCACGUCGAUGAACGUCUUCGAGUGGGCUUUGGAGGGCAACGUCCCGGCACUGGAGGGUCAGUCGGGUAACCUGAACACGAGGGACGGCGGCGGUGCCGCCCCGCUUCACUACGCCUCCUCCAAAGGCCACAUCCGGGUCAUCAACCUCAUCGUACGGAUCGCCGGCUCACAGGAGCUGGACGUUGCGGAUGAUGAAGGAAACACUCCUCUGCACUGGGCCGUUCAGCAGGAUCAGAGUGGAAGCUGUUCGGCUCUGCUGAGUCUCGGAGCGAAUCCGAACAUCCUGAACAAAGCGUCCCUCUCACCACUGCACCUCGCCGUCAGCCUCAGACACAACCACAUAGUGGAGCAACUCCUGACACACAGUGGGACGGAUGUGAACCUGGAGGACGAUCUGGGAAACUCACCUUUACUUCUGGCCGCGUCAGUGGACAACCAUGAGGCGCUUCUCAUACUGCACAAGAACGGCGCCAGGCUGUGCUGCCAGAACAAGCUGGGUCACUUCCCCAUCCACGCCGCCGCCUUCUCAGGAGCCAAGAGAUCCAUGGAGGUGGUUCUCCAAAAAGGGGAGGAGAUAGGCGUGCCCACUGAGAUACACAUAAACUACGUGGACAAAUCCACCAGCAGUCCUCUUCAUCUGGCCGUACGUGGAGGAAACCUGGAGGUCAUCAAGCUCUGCAUCGCUCACGGAGCCAAAAUCGACCAGCAGCAGUGUGAUAAAGCCACCGCUCUCCACUUUGCGUGCACUCAGGGAGCCACUGAAGCCGUGAAGGUGAUGCUCCAGGCGUACGAGAGAGUGUAUGACAUCGUCAACAUCACCGACGGAGCGUUCCAAACACCGCUGCAUAAGGCGGCCAUUUUUGACCACUACGAACUGGUGGAGUAUCUAAUCUCACAGGGCGCCGACAUCGACUCCACCGACUGUAAAGGCCACUCGCCACUGCUGCUAGCGACCAGCUGCGGCGCCUGGAGAAGCGUUAACCUGCUGCUGUCACACGGUGCUGAUCUGACGGUUAAAGACAAGACUGGGUGUAACUUCCUACAUCUCGCCAUCUUGCAGCCUCGAGGUCUGAAGAACCUUCCGGCAGACGUUCUGGAGCACAAGACUGUGAGAGAGCUGCUGAACGAUGAAGACUCAGAGGGCUGCACUCCUCUUCACUACGCCUGCAGGCUGGGAAUCCCUGACUCGGUGAAGAACAUGCUCGGCCUGGAGGUCUCACUCGACCAGAAGUCCAAGCAGAAGAAAUCGGCUUUACACUUUGCAGCUGAGUACGGGAGGAUCAACACGUGUCACCGGCUCCUGGAGACCAUGACAGACACACGUCUGCUGAACGAGGGCGAUGAGAAGGGCAUGACACCGCUACACCUGGCUUCACGCGGCGGUCAUGUUAAAGUGGUCGAGCUGCUCCUCAGGAAAGGUGCUCUGUUCCACAGUGAUUAUAAAGGCUGGACCUGUUUACAUCACGCCGCGGCUGAGGGAUACACGCAGACCAUGGACAGCUUACUCAUAUCCAACAUCAAGCUCCUGGACAAAACCGAUGGAGACGGAAACACAGCACUGCACUUAGCCGCACGAGCCGGACACGUCGCAGCGGUUCGCCUGCUGCUGUCGCGAGGGGCUCAGAUCCUGCUGAACCGGUGCGACGCCUCCUUCCUGCACGAGGCCAUACACAACGGGAGGAAAGACGUCACGAGCGCCGUGAUCGACAGCGACAGGUGUGAGGAGGCCAUCACAAUGUUUAAAGUGAAUUCAGCCAAACGCUGCGCUGUCCUGGACAUGAUCGAGUUUCUCCCCGAGUGCUGCAAGCAUCUCUUGGACAGCUGCAUUAAAGAGUCAGAGGAAGACGUGAACUCCUGCGGCUACUAUCUGGAGUAUAAUUUCCAGUGGCUUCAGCAGCCGAUACAGUACACUAAGGACAUGGACAAAUCGGAGAAAGAAGACGAAAACAAACCCCUGGCUGCCCUCAACGCCAUGGUGGAGUUUAAUCGUGUCGAGUUGCUGACUCACCCAGUGUGCAAGAAAUAUCUGGAAAUGAAAUGGCAUGCGUACGGUGUGAAAGCUCACUUGCUCAACAUGACCAUGUACACACUGGGAGUCUUCCCCCUGACCUACCUGAUCGUCCACCUGCGGCCCGAACUGAAAGUGGAGAAAAACGUGACGACCGUCAACAUGGUCACUAAACGUCUGGACGAGCAGUGUUAUUUCAUCACAACCUGCAUGUUCCUGGUCCUGGCGAUGAAUUUAUACGCAGUCGGUAAAGAAGUAGUGCAGAUGUUCCAGCAGAGGUUCAAGUACCUGCAGGACGCGUCGAACGUGAUGGACUGGGGCUCGACCAUCUGCUCCCUGCUCUUCGUCAUUCCUCUCCUGCUGAACGUGAAGAAAUCGUGGCAUUGGCAGGCCGGAGCUCUGGCGUCUCUCGGCUCCUGGGUCAACCUGCUCCUCUACCUGCAGAGGUUCCAGAGGUUCGGGAUAUACGUGGUGAUGUUUCGGGAGAUCUGCAAGACGCUGCUGAGCAUCAUUCUGAUCUUCGUCUAUCUGAUCCUGGCGUUCGCGCUGGCCUUCUACGCUCUGAUGAUCGAACAGAAACAUUUUGGCCGUAUGUUUCUGUCGCUGAUGCAGACGUUUGCCAUGAUGGCAGGAGAGAUCAACUACCAGGACAACUUCAUGAAGCCCUACAUGGCCAGACACCUUCCCUUCCCCGUGCUGACGUACUUCAUCUUCAUUUGGUUCGUCCUGCUUGUGCCGAUUCUGCUCAUGAACCUGCUAAUUGGUUUGGCUGUGGGAGACAUCGCGGAGGUGAAGAACAACGCCUGUUUAAAACAGAUAGGAAUGCAGAUUGAACUUCACACUAAUCUGGAGGAGCGCCUGCCUUCCUGGUUCGUGAAAAAAGUCGACCAGAUCUCCGUCAAGGAAUUCCCGAACAAGUGCUACAAAGGAAAAAGGUGGUUCUUCUGCGGAGGUGAAGUGAACAAAGUGAGGGCACGUCUGAGUUCCAGCACACGGCAGUGCACACAGCUGGAGAGAGAACUCACCAAACAGAAACACAGACUGAAGGACCUCUCCGAGUCCAUGGAGAAGCAGCACAACCUGCUGAAGCUGAUCGUGCAGAAGAUGGAGAUCAGCUCCGAGGCGGAGGAAAAUGACGGCCCUCGCGUCCUGCGUGACUUCACGCACAAACUCAGCGCCAGGAGCAAGUGGGGGCCGCUACUGCGCGCCGUUACAGCCAAGAGGAAGUGACAUCACGACUCGGGCGCUCGAGUGUGGCGUUUCACACCAGGGCUCGUCCUAUCGUGCUAGUCCUCCUUCGGGGCUGUUUAAGUAAUAUUGAUUUUUUUAAAUACGCGACAUCUACGGACACUGAAGUGAAAAUGAGCGCGGUGUUUAUUUUCCUCGCCUUCUUUCUGUUUAUUAAACUGAUGACGCGGUAAAAACUCCGACCGGGUCAGAAACAGCGCGACAUUUAUAAAACACACUCGAGUGUCACGUUUCACAGUCAACGAAUGACGGCUCAGGAUCCCUGUGGGUUAAAUUACUCAUUCGUUUUAUCGUAGUGUGGGAAACAGAACCGACUAAAGUUUAUUAGGAAAUAUUACAGACGGGUGCACACAGACAUUAACUACAGGAGUGCGUGGAAUUAGGAUAAACAAACAAACAAACAAACAAACAAACAAAAAAACCCCACAAACAUUUCUAAUUGACGGCUAUUUUUAGCUACAACAUCUAUUUUGGUAAUUAUUCAUCAAGCUGUCUUUAAUUGUUAAGUAGAUUUAACAACAAAACUUUCUCACAGCACAAAAACAAUCCGAAACCAAGUUUUAGUCAUAAUUCAAAAAGUUAUUUUUAACUUCUACAAAAAACACUAAACCAUUCGUCCUUCCACCAUGACGCCGAGUCCACGCUAUAACGCCCGCGACCGCCACAGACCUCGUCGCUCGUUUUGGAAAUAUUUCACGACUCUCUGGACUUUUUUGUUUCGCUCUUCAGCGGUGGUCUUUUCCUUUUCAUUCCAUUUUGCUCUGGAGAGGAAAAAAAAAAAAAAAAGACUCAGGGUUGAAAAAAAUUCGCAUAAAAACCCCCCCAAAAAAACCAAACGAAUAAAUAAAUAAUUCCGACCUGUUGUUGGUUGUCGCUCUCUCUGGGAUGACUGAGAGUGGGAGGAGUUGGAGUGGGCGGAGUUGGAGGAGGAGACAGGAAGUGACUUGUUCUGUUUACGCUCCGCCCCUAGACCCAAGUCAAGGGCCUGCCCUAAAGAAAUGAAGGGCGGGGCAUGCAUAAAGGGGGAAACAAUCUGUACAGAAUUUUGUUUUGUUUGUUUUUUGAAGAUUUAACCCCUCCCUGCUGGUGCUUCAUCCAUGCAAAAGCGCAAAUAUUAAAAAUGCGAGAGAAAACGCAAAUCAGCAAACACACGCAACGUGAAGGUUAGUCUUUAUGAUGACACAAAACCUGCACGUGUGUUAGUUAUUGACUCGAGCCCAAACCAAACGUCAACCAGUGCACGUUUUAUAAAAUGACAUCACGUUGAAAAAAACCCAAACACGUUGAGGUUGAAAUGCUUUCCACGUGUUCGUUUUUACAUUGUAUGUUGGGUGAAAUUUCGCGACUCGAACUCAAAAUCAGGGACAAACGCGGUCUCAGAACCCGGGGUGUGAAGGACUGCAACACGGGGCGGAGGGAAAAAGCAAACCGGUUUUUAUUAGUAGUAAUUAUAAUGUCAAAUGUUUUUAAUGCGUUUCCUUCAUCACUGCGCCGCCGCAAUUUGAAGCCACGUUUAUUAUUUUAAUCCGCGUCUGUUUUAUUUGUGCGAGUUCAUUUUUUAUUUCUUUUCAAAUGACACGCGUCUUCUUUCUACAGAAGAAGAAGAACAUUUAUUUAAAAUCACAGUUUUAACCCCGGUGUUCUGGCCGGAGCCGGAAAUACUCCGCCGUUAUACGUUCGGUGUCGCUAUAGAAACAGGUUCCGUUUCUCAGCCUGCGUUCACAUUACAAUGCGGAUAUUUCAGAUCUGUCCAUCUUGAAGGUUCACAUUCGUAACCGUCCCCUGAAACGCCCCACACGCACACACCUAUUUCUUGAGCACCUGUUUCCCUACACGACUCUUAACAUAAAUAAAUAAAUAGAUAGAUAGAUAGACUGAUUCCCCAGAUGUGAAGUGAACCACUAAUUUCCCCGUCCUUCCCCUGAAUAUCGUCCCUGCCGUCACUGUUUCUGUCCAGCAUUGUUUUUUUACUUAUCCGAUCUAGGACCAUAAACAAAAGCGGCUCAGGUAGGAUUUGUAGAGAAACGAAUCUUCUUAACGAGGCAGGGACACGGCAGCACAAUAACAUUCACUUUAGAAUCAUUUAAACAGAUUUUCAUCAAUAGCAAUGCCAAGUUAUGUUCAUUUGUUAAUAUGACGUUAGAGUUGAUUUGACAAUUUUUUUUCUUUUUCUUUUUACUUAAUCUGUCUCUGUAAGCAUUAAAGGAAAGUCUCGUCAGAUAGAGUUCAAUGUUUUUGGUUGAAUUUACUGCUGUUGUGCAGACAGUUUGUUUGUUAGAUAAAUCAUACCUCAUGAUGCGUAUCGUAGAAAUGUCGAGUAUCAUGAUGUGAUAUUUUUGGUCAUAUCGCCCAGCCCUACGUUUGAGUCACUGAUACAGAUGGGCCAAGGACAUCAGAUAAGGUUCAAAUAAAUGUUAAAAAAAUGAUAAUAUUUGAAUAAAAUUUAAACUUGAGAUUUGA